AUGGUCACAACAACAGGAUUGGCGCUGUUCUCGUUAGCAGUCAUCAUAUUGACUCGGAUAUACGUUUCCUUCAACCCACCAGACUUUUUGCGGCCGUACCGGGACCUCGAUGGGAACUACUGUGGUAGCAACUACUGCAGCAGUCCCUUUCGACGGAAAUACCAUCUUCGCCCACAAAUCUCGUCUGAGAGUCCCGACAAUUCGGAAGGUCAAGGGCAGGAUGGCAAUGAAAAAAAGGAGGAGCACGGACAUGAGAAGGAGGUGAAACGGAACACGUCAAGGCCGCUGCCCGGACACGCAGGAGGAGAGUCUGCAAGGGACCGCAUGGGCUAUCCUAGUCGGCACACGGCACAAGCAAUCCCUAGGCCAAGAGCUGCAACCACUGCCGCCACUUUUACAUCCAAGCAACAAGACAGGACAGUUGACGACGAUAAAUUGGCAAUCGUUCACCACCUCCGGAACCCUUCGUCAUCAACCUCAGAUUCCCACCACUUCCACACAUCUCUUCCGUCAAUACCAACAAUAAUACCAACAGCGCAACCGCAUCGCCAAUGGCUGGACCUCGACAUCUCUAACAUCCACUACCACGGAUCCCUCGGACCCUUCGGCACCGAUGACGAGGUCCUCAAGACCAUCCAGGUCCUCCAAACCGGCUUUAGUAGCAACAGUAAUAGCAAUAGUGGUGGAGGAUAUAGCGCGUUCGAGUAUGCAAGGACGAGAGGUAUGACGGUCGUCUGGGAAGAUGCGCAGUGGUGCUGUCUGGAGGGGCGGACGUUGUAUAUCUUGAAGGCUAUUGGGUGGACCGGUCAAGUGCGAGCGCGUGUUCUUGUCGACCAGAGUGCUGGCGCGACUCUCUAG